AUGGAGGGUAACGCGAUAGACGAACCAAAAGAUAGCAAUGACUUUAAGGGUGACAUAUUGAAGAAUGGUGAGACGACGGUGAAAGGGACAGGAAAGCGCAUGGACUAUUUGUCGUGGGAAGACUAUUUUAUGGCAAUUGCGAAGUUAGCAUCGAUGCGUAGUAAAGACCCUGCAACUCAGGUUGGUUGCGCCAUUGUCAACCGGGACAACAAAGUUGUAGGCACAGGUUAUAACGGUUUCCCUGUUGGGAUCAGUGAUGAUGAUUUGCCAUGGACCAAAGGUAGCCCGGAUCCUCUUGAGAACAAACACACCUAUGUGGUUCACGCUGAAAUGAAUGCAAUUCUAAAUAAGAGUAUGAACAACGUUGAAGGUUGCACGAUGUACACGACAUUACUGCCGUGUAACGAAUGCGCUAAACUGAUCAUACAGUCCCGACUAUCGGAAGUAGUUUUUCUCCAUGAUCGUCCUACAGGGAGUUGGACAUAUGAUGCAACUAGGAAAAUGUUCGAACUUGCAGGGAUCAAAUGUCGACAAUUUAAGACAAGUUUGGAUUCCGUUGUCAUAACUUUCACAUAA